AGCCUGUUCCAAACGGAACAAACGUACUAAAAAAAAAAAAAAAAAAAAAAAGAAUUGUUUUUAGGUGUCAACGUUUCCUGAUGUUUGCUAUUCAAAUAAAUACGUAUUAAAUUUGCAUUGUACUAUCCUUUUUGUUUUAUAAAUUGAAACUAGUGUUCCUACGAUAUUUCCAGUACUAAUUAAUACCUAGUGAUGGCUCAUAGCUUCGAUAAGUAUGACGAUGUACUAUCGUCUAUUCUUGUUAAUGAAAAAUCUAUAUUAGGUUUUUUGUCGGCUAUAUUUAAUUUUUUAGCUAGACGAACGGAUUUCUAUCUAGUUCCUGAAGGGCCUUACGAGAACAUAGGUUUUCCACCUGGAGUUGCAGAAGAGCUUGUGUUAAAAGUUCUCAGAAAAUGCGACCCAAAAAACUAUAAUAAUAUGCCCAACGGUGCUCGAAAGCCUGAUUUGAAUUCUGAUUUAAACAACGAAAUUAUGUGCUCCACAGUAGCCCAGGAAGUAGAAGUUGUUGCCGACGAAGUCGAGGAAGCUAAUGCUGAUUCAAUAUCUAACACUGACACUGAACAGAGCACUGACUUAGUUGACAAUACUCUAGCAUUACCCCAGGAACCUCCAAACCAACCACAAUCCAAAAAAGUUGUAGAAAAUCAGCCAAAAACAAUUCCAGAUAAUUAUACUCCACCUGUGAUACCUACACAAAAAAAUAGUGAGACUUAUAAUGGAGCAGAUAGAGAGAAAUAUUGUUGGUCACAGACUAUUAUGGAGUUGGAUGUGAUAGUGAAAUUACCACCUGAAAUAAAAACUUCUAAAGAUCUCAAAGUGACAAUCAACGCUGCUGACAUUUGUGUGGCCAGCCGAAGUGGUGAAAUAAUAAUUAAAGACACUUUACCAUAUAAGAUUAAAACAAUUGACAGCUUCUGGAGUGUUAGUGAAAGGAAAUUGCUUAUACAUUUAGAAAAAGUGCAAGAGCGCUGGUGGAAUAAAUUAUUAAAUAAUGAAGAGCCAAUUGAUCUGUCAAAAAUAGAUUGUUCAAGACCUUUAAAUGAACUACCUCAAGACCACAUAGAUAAGGUAAGAGAGCUACAAUGGAAUCAGGAACAAAAACUAAAGGGUCUACCGACUAGUGACGAAAUACGUAAUAUGGAAAUACUAAAGAAAGCUUGGAAUGCUCCUGGAUCGCCAUUUAGUGGUAAGGAAUUUGAUCCAAAUGUACUCAAUCAGUCAUCAAUCAAUAAUUUUCCAAAUUAAUAAAGUGAAAUAAGAGCAGA